UCGCCUGCAUUGGUAUGCGCUGUUAUCGAUAUCUACGCGGUGGCCCUGACUCGCGGUUUGGCCAUCUCUAGUUCGCCCUGAAACUCGUAAAAAAGUGUAAAAUUUGUUUACAUUGAAAAAAGACGCAGAAGCGGAGCAGCGGACGCAGUUCAAUGAGGUGCUUAUGAGCUAACUAGCAGCAGGACGGCAGCCAAGGAACACGGGGACGAGGUCUGGAUCAGCAAGCAAGGAGCCAGGGGGCAUCACAGGCUAUAGGUUAGCGCAGACUGGUGGGCAGCAGGUGACCUAGUUUACCCAGCGCAGUAGCAGAAGAUUAGAGGACUGAUUGGCGGCGUUUCUGUGGCAACUCCUACUGGGGCUGUUCUGUUGUGUUAAUUGAACUUAGAGCAUCAACGUGCACUGCCAUUAGCUGUAACCUUAAUAUACCUAUACCUAACGUAAUUAGUGUACUUCAACUCACGUGGCGGAGCAGCAGAAUGUCCAACUCCCACUACAACAACUACCAGCAGCAGCAGCAGCAACAGGCGCACUCCAGCAACGGGGAUGCGGAGUACCAGCACCAGCAGAUGGUCCACCAGCCGCAGCGGUUCUCCAAUGGCCAUGGCAUGAAGAGCGUGGCGGUGCCGGACAUGUGCCUCUUCUGCUUCGAGGUGCUCGACUGCGAGCUGAACAACAUGGAUGGUCCCUCGGUGCCGGUGUUCAGCAACGAUGCCUACCCGCUGUUCGUCACCUGGAAGAUUGGCCGCGACAAGCGUCUGCGCGGCUGCAUUGGCACUUUCAGUGCCAUGGAACUGCACCAUGGUCUGCGCGAGUACGCGCUGACCAGCGCCUUCAAGGACUCUCGGUUUGCCCCCAUUUCCAGGGAUGAGCUGCCACGGCUCACUGUCUCCGUGUCGAUCCUGCAGAACUUCGAGGAGGCCCAGGGCCACCUGGACUGGCAGCUAGGCGUCCAUGGCAUCCGCAUCGAGUUCCUCACGGAACGCGGCUGCAAGCGCACGGCCACCUACUUGCCGCAGGUGGCCACCGAACAGGGUUGGGACCAGCUGCAGACCAUUGACUCGCUGCUGCGCAAGGGCGGCUAUCGUGCUGCCAUCACCCAGGAGAUGAGGAAGUCCAUCAAGCUCACGCGCUACCGCUCACAGGAGAUCCAGAUGCACUACCGGGAGUAUCGAGAGCACCAGGAGCGUCGCGCCCAGUUCGGCAAGGUGCAGUGCUAACAGAUGGACCGGCCAGCGGCGAGGCGAUGAUCCUGGCUGAGGGCAGGCCUGCUGGCCGUCGUCCUCCUGCUGCUGCUAGCCUUUCAGUUCGGCCCAGCUUGGCGGCCGCUCGCUUAAUCCGAGUUAUGAGUUCUUACAUCUCCGACAUCAAUUUUAAGACCCUCCUCCAGUUCUCCAAAAACGGGCGCGAGAUGAGCGCCUUUUAUUAAAAAUAUAUACCAUUUAAUGCUUGAUAUACUUAAGCGGCAAAUCCGUAAGCAAUUUCGAAAGAAGCAUAAACAAAAGAGAAAAGUUAAUAAACGCUAGGUUCAAACCCCUUGUAA